AAGAGCAAAAACAAAGGAGAGCUUUCAAUUUUUUUGCUCCCUCCGUCCUCUCAUUUUGAGCUUCAACCUCCAAGGGAGAUUCGAUGGUUUUAGGAUCGAUCGAUGAGGGAUAUUCAAAUGGUGCUAAUCCGGGAAAUUUUCCGAUGGUUGGAUCGGAGAAUGAAGAGAUUUAGGCUAAUGCCUCUGGUUGCUGAGAAAAUGGUGGAAAAUCGAAGAGAUCGGAUUUUGCAUUUUAGGCUCAAAUCUGAAUUCUCUCUUACAUCAAAAUGAAUUGAAUCAUUUCGUUUCAUUGUUUAUCAUUUUGUUUUUGAAUUUCGGUGAAAGUAUUGCGCAGUUUCUAGAAACUGUCAUGAUCAUGUUGUUUAUUGUAUGUAGUAUAUGGAUUUCAUAAUCAGUGGUUUUGAAGCUAUGAUUUCUGUUUACUGAUGCAUGGACAAUCAUUUCGUCUCCAGUGAGUAGUGAAGUUUGUUGUUCAACUCAACUUAUUGAUGGAGAUGGUGGAUUCAAUGAUGCCGGAAUUGAACAAUUCAUAAAGGCGAUUAAACUGGCAGAAUGUGGACUGUCGUAUGUUAUAGUCUCCAUCAUGGGACCACAAAGUAGUGGUAAAAGCACACUACUAAAUAAUUUGUUUGGUACCAAUUUCCGGAAAAUGGAUGCAUUUAGGGGACGGUCUCAAACCACAAAGGGUAUAUGGUUGGCAAGAUGUGCUGGUAUAGAGCCAUGCACUCUAGUAAUGGACUUGGAGGGCACUGAUGGGAGAGAACAUGGAGAGGAUGACACUGCUUUUGAGAAGCAAAGUGCUCUUUUCGCCCUAGCAGUUUCAGAUAUAGUGCUAAUAAAUAUGUGUUGUCACAAUAUUGGUUGGGAGCAAGCUUCAAAUAUGCCUCUUUUGAAGACUGUAUUUCAGACACCACUGGAAAAUCUAGAACCUGUUCUAAGAGAAGACAUUCAGAAGAUAUGGGACUCAGUUCCUAUGCCUGAAGCCCACAGGGAAACUCCACUAAGUGAAUUUUUCAAUGUUGAAGCAGUUGCACUUUCUAGUUUUGAAGAGAAAGAAGAGCAAUUUAGAGAGCAGGUUGCUAAUUUGAGGCAACGAUUUUACCACUCCAUUGCCCCUGGUGGGCUUGCAGGAGAUCAAAGAGAUGUUGUACCUGCUUCAGGAUUUUCAUUUAGUGCGCAGCAAAUCUGGAAAGUCAUCAAGGAGAAUAGGGACCUUGACCUUCCAGCACACAAGGUCAUGGUAGCUACUAUCUUCAAAGCGAAAGCAGCUGGAAGAAAAAUUGCUGCAGCUUCUCCAACCAGCAUAUCAGUCGAUACUUUAAAUGGAGGGGAGGCAUUUUCUGUGGCUGCUCAUGGUUGCACUGAGACUUAUAUAACUUUGUUUGAUGAAGGAAGUGCAGAUGCUAUUAUUGAACUAGCAAACUGGGAUUCAUCUAAAGCAAGGGAUAAACUUCAUCAUGAUAUAGAUGCACAUGUUGCUUCAGUCCUUGCUGCCAAGUUUUCAGAACUUCAUCAUAUGAGGUAUCAUGUGGCAAAACUGAAUGAUGCAUUAUCUGCACCUGUUGAAGCACUUCUAGAUGGGCCUAAUAAUGAGACCUGGCCAGCAAUAAGGAAACUUCUUCAGCAUGAAACUGAAUCAGCUGUUUCUGGGCUUUCCAGUGCACUUUCUGGUUUUGACAUGGAUGAAAAAACAAAGGAGAAGACGCUAACAAGUCUGAAGGAUUAUGCAAGGGGUGUGGUUGAAGCAAAAGGAAAGGAAGAAGCUGGAAGAGUCCUGAGCAGAAUGAAAGAUAGGUUUUCAAUGUUGUUUAGUCAUGAUUCUGAUUCAAUGCCACAGAUACGGACUGGGAAUGAAGACAUUCGAGCCAUCACUAAAACAGCACGGACUGCUUCCUUGAAGUUGCUUUCCAUUAUGGCCGCAAUUUGCUUAGAUGAUACUGCUGAUAAUAUUGAGUAUAUACUAUCCCUUGCCUUGGUUGAUACCAAGAAUAAUGCUUCUGAUAAGAGCAUUACAACUGCUGAUCCACUUGCUGCAAGCACUUCGGAGCAGGUUAAUAAGAUAUCCUUACCAGAAAAGACCGUUGCACCCUCAAAAACAUUGAUUACACCUGUCGAGUGCAAGUCUUUGUGCAGGCAAUUCAAGGCGGAGACAGAAUACAGUGUCACUCAAGCCAUUUCUGCUCAGGAGGCCAACAAGCGCAAUAACAACUGGUUACCACCUCCAUGGGCAACUCUUGCCUUGAUUAUCCUGGGAUUUAAUGAAUUCAUUACACUUCUCAGGAACCCUUUUUAUCUGUUACUUAUUUUUAUGAGUUACCUACUUAUUAGGGCCCAGUGGGUGCAACUAGACAUUGCGGGUGACUUCCAAAAUGGCGCUCUUCCUGGGCUUCUUUCCUUGUCAACUAAGUUCCUUCCAACUGUUACCAACCUGCCUAAAAAACUAGCUUUGGGGGGGCAAAUCCUGCAACUAAUUCCCCUCAGAGAAAGCCAGCAACAAAGAGCUCUCGACAUGGAAGCAGAAGUGAUUUAACUUCAUCAGGAUAUGGUACUGAAUACUCAAGUCCGUCCAAAGACGACUAGGCAGCGCGACUUGCCCCAACAGAGCAUUCCAUUUUUUGUUCUUUUCUACGUGCAAGAUUGCUUCUCGCAUUUUUGCUGAGGCUGUCUGUUCAUGGGUGUCUUAAAUUUUUGGUCCACGAAAUUAAACUCUCACGAAUCCUGACAGUUACGUAUCUUGAAGGCAUUGAUUUUUGUGCAAGGUGCCACAAACAAGGAUCAAGGGGCUCAACAUUUGGUAGAAAAGGGGGCAUGAAAUAGAAUCUUAUAUUCCAGUCUAGGUUAUUAUUUUAUUUAUUGUUUGACGUACAAGCCAUAAGGGCUUCCUCCUUCUUGUGGCUAUGGCUAUGGUUUUGAGUUCAUGGCAGUCUGCAACCAAUUUUGUCUGGCGAUUAUUGUAAUGCCAUU